AACCCCAACGAGGUGGACCAUGGAGUGCCGGGAGGGACAGCUUCUCAUUUCUUCAGAAAAUGAUUCAACCCCAGUAGUUUCAACAUCGGAAGUAACUAGUCAACAAGAGCCCCAAAUUCUUGUUGACCGAGUGUCUGAGACCAACUGCGAAAGCAGCGCCGCCAUUGAUAGAGACCAAGGCAUAGGGAUUCCUGACGAACAAGACUCUCAAAGGGGUGAGGACGGCAGCCCCGAAGAUGCUGCCCAGGCCCCAGAAAAUUCCCAGGAAGGGAAAGACAUGAGUAAAAGCCAGGAUGAUGAAGUUCCUGAUGAAGUUGAGAACCAGUUUAUAUUGCGUCUGCCUCUGGAACACGCUUGUGCUGUCAGGAACCUAAUACGUUCUCAAAGUGUCGACAUUAAGGACAAACUGAAAAUUGACUUAUCACCUGAUAGGCGCCAUGCAGUUGUUGAAGUAGAAGAUGUCCAACUAGCUGGUAAGCUGGUUGACUUGCCUUGUGUUACUGAAAGCCUGAAAACUCAUGAUAAAGAAACCUUUUAUAAAACAGCAGACAUUUCUCAGAUGCUUGUGUGCACUGCUGAUGGUGAUCUUCACCCUUCUCCAGAAGAACCAGCUGCCUCUACUGAUCCUAAUGUAAUCAGGAAAAAUGAAAGGGAGAGAGAGAAGAAAGGUGUCUGGAAGCAUGGCAUUACUCCACCGCUUAAGAAUGUGAGAAAGAAAAGGUUCCGGAAAACAAAAAGAAAGGUUCCUGAUGUCAAAGAAAUGGAAGAAAUCAGCUCUACUGAGAACACUGAAUCUCCAGAUGUGGAAAAGGAAGUAAGGAGACUGCUGCAUUCAGAUGCUGAAGCCGUAAGUACCCGUUGGGAAGUUAUUGCUGAAGAUGGAACCAAGGAAAUAGAAAGUCAAGGCUCCAUCCCAGGAUUUGUGAUAUCCUCGGGAAUGAACAGCUACAAGCAGAGUCACAUCUCGUCAGAAUAUUAUAUGCUUCGAGAGAUGUUCAGUGGUUCUAGAAGUAACAAUGAUGAGGAUGAGGAUGAGGAUGAAGAUGAGGAUGAGGAUGAGGACGAUGAGGAUGACGAGGAUGACGAGGAAGAUGAGGAAGAUGAGGAAGAUGAGGAUGAAGAGUAUCUCAAAAGGCAGACACAGGCCAAGUUUAUUGAAUCUGGCCAGUAUAGGGCAAAUGAAGGUACCAGUUCAAUAGUCAUGGAAAUUCAGAAGCAGAUUUGUAAAAAGGAGAAAAAGCUCCAUGAGAUUCAGAAAAAAGCACAAAGACAGAAGGAUCUCAUCAUGAAGGUGGAAAACCUGACACUCAAGAAUCAUUUUCAGUCUGUGCUGGAGCAGCUUCAGGUACAGGAAAAACGAAAAAAUGAGAAGCUCAUUUCUCUACAGGAAAAAUUGCAGCGUUUUCAGAAGAAGUGAUGAGAGCCAUUAGCCUGGCACACAAACCUUGGAUUCACCAUCCAAACUGAAGACUGGAUGAAACUGUGCAUGUUUCUGUCCCUUCAGCUGCCUUAUGUUGAAUCAGUUAUAUUUAUCUGUACCUUUUUUGCUACUUUUAAUAUGCUCAAGGUUUGCAGUCAUGUAGAAAAGAGCAGUAUAAAAAAUAAUAGACUUAGAGAUCCCAUUCACCAUGAGACUUUCUCUUUGUCAAUUUGGGAAUUAUUAUUAUUAAUUUAGAAAUGAGCUCUUGUUAGGUUGCCCUGGCUGAAAUCAGACUCCUGGGCUUAAGGAAUCCUCCCAUCUCAGCCUCCUGAGUAGCUGGGACUACAGCUGUGCACCACUGCACUGAAUGAGAAUUAAUUUUAUUGCUUCUGUGCUAUGGUACCAGCAGAUGAUUCAGCCAUGCUUCCAAAAGCAGUCUAGUCUAGAGGCCAUACAGCUGGUUGGUUUGCAUAUGUUUUAGCUUUUCUUUUGGUUUGUAAUAUUUCCUAAAAUAUACACGAAAAGAUGAGGUAAUUUCUACUAAGCACUAGGACCUGCCACAGUGAAUUUAAGUGCCUGCCUUGCAGCAGUUAAUACUAGAUUGUGUCCUGUCUCUGUUCAGGUAACAGAGCUGCAUUCCUGCUCAAGGAUGAUUUAUUGCUGCUGUUUAUGUUUGUUCUGUUGUUUUUAGGACUGGAGCUAGUUGUUAUUCACCAGCUAAGAGAAGAGAUGAAGAAAUUAUGAACUGUUACCCUUAUUCUGAGCCUUCCCCUCUUAACCCCCAUCAAUUAAGGUUAGGGAGAGCAAGCUGCCGUAAUGCCUGUGAAGACUUCUUUAACAAUCUUGUUUGUUUUUUUUCCAGGUAUACUAUUAGUGUUUUAUGCUCUAUGUUCUUUAAGCAAUAAAUAAAUUGUUCCUUUUAAAUGGA